UUCUCCGUGUUCUGGAAGAUUGCUUUGCACAAUACUAUUCUCACGAAGGGUCAUUAUUUAAAACUGUUCUUUGGGGGGUUGCAUUCAAGUUCUGGAUAGUUGAAAGCAAAUUUUUAAAAAUGUCCAGAAUCUAAUAAAAUUGAUUUAUAUUAUUUGAGGAUUGAAUUAAUCUAGUCUUUCUUCCUCCCCCUACCGACUCUAUAUAUGUAUGUGUAUCGAUUACUGUCCACUAAUGUUACAUUUUAAUGAGUACCUUGUGAGUCCACAGAGCCACUGUUUCAUCCACAUAUCUAUGGCAAUACAAUAUUUCAGCACUCAGGUUUGUUUCUGAAGUGUAUUUUUAGCCACAAAAUUCCUUUAAAACAAGCCAAAUCCUUAUGUAGCUCUUUACAGGCUGAGUUACUAGGGUGAGAAUGAGGAAACAAAAAGAAAAUAAAGGCAGCAGGAUCCCCUUACAAAGAGAUGUCUAUGGGCCAGCUUCUGAGUAAGAAACCCACAUGUCAGAGUUUAUACAGUUAUUUACAUGUAAUGUGGUUUUCAUUUAGUAUUUUAUAAAGAUCUGCAUACAACCGUUUCCUUAUAGUCUGUGAUUAUUUUUAUGUUAAUCACUUGGUGUUGUAAUUACAAGGAAAAUGAAUGAAAUUCAAACAAUAAACUGUAUACUGUAAGGAUUCAAAACAACACUUUACUGUUGCCAAAGUUGGCAUGAUGGACUUGUGAAGGUACACUGUAGCUGGUGGCCAGGGCUAAUGUUUGUGCCUAAUUGCAUUGUUCCCCAUAGGGCUCUUUCCCUCAAAACUGGCAAACUACUAUUAACCUUGGCCCUCAAUGUGGAUAUUGGUAGUAUUUUAAAAUUACUCGUUUUCUGUGUAUAUUUUAGUGUUAUAGAUGGCAAUUCCAAAUAAGACUUACUUUUAGUAUAUCAUUUUACACAGUUUAUCUAUAAUUCAUCACCUGAGCACACCAGGGGAGGCAGUGUUGUGAACUGUAUGCUGUAAACUACUUGGAGCAACCAUGCUUUGUAUUUUUAAAGUAUAUAAUUAUAUUUAAAAUCAAGUAAGGCUUAGUUUUGUGCCAGAUUUUCUUUGCAAGGAUGGAUUUGUUACCUGAGGGUUGCAGUUGAUGAACAUUUUGAUACUAUAUUAAUAUGUUUGCUGCUGCUACCAAGAGCUUUGUCAAGCAAGUUGGAGAUGGAGGGAGAUUAGUUCCUGUUCCAAGCCUCAGUGAAGCUGACAAGUACCAACCUCUAAGUCUGGUGGUAAAAAAGAAGCGAUGCUUUCUGUUUCCUAGAUAUAAAUUCACCUCAACACCUUUUACACUGAAAGAUAUUCUUCUAGGAGACAGAGAAAUUUCAGCUGGUAUUUCAUCUUAUCAGUUACUGAAUUAUGAAGAUGAAUCAGAUGUUUCACUCUAUGGGAGGCGAGGCAACCAUAUUGUGAAUGAUGUUGGGAUUAACGUUACUGGAUCAGAUUCUGUUGCAGUAAAAGCUUCAUUUGGCGUAGUAACUAAACAUGAAGUGGAAGUUUCAACAUUACUCAAGGAAAUUACCACACGAAAAAUUAAUUUUGACCACAGCUUGAUACGUCAGUCGAGGAGCAGCAGAAAGGCAGUGUUGUGUGUCGUCAUGGAAAGCAUUCGAACCACACGACAGUGCUCACUGUCUGUACAUGCCGGAAUUCGGGGGGAGUCCAUGCGGUUUCAUUUUAUGGAUGAACAGAAUCCCAGGGGAAGGGACAAAGCUAUUGUUUUCCCAGCACACACAACCAUAGCUUACAGUGUUUUCGAACUCUUCAUUUACUUGGAUGGUGUCUUUGACCUUUGUGUCACUUCAGUGUCAAAAGGAGGAUUUGAAAGGGAAGAAACAGCAACAUUUGCAGUGCUCUACAGGCUGAGGAAUAUACUAUUUGAAAGAAAUAGAAGAGUGAUGGAUGCCAUUUCUCGCUCACAGCUUUACUUAGAUGACCUUUUCACUGACUACUAUGACAAACGUUUCAGCAUGACUGAUAUUUCACUUAAAGAAGGGACUCACAUCCGAGUUAACUUACUGAAUCACAACAUUCCAAAAGGCCCUUGCAUACUCUGUGGAAUGGGGAACUUAAAAAGGGAGACGGUUUAUGGGUGCUUUCAGUGCUCUGUCGAUGGGCAAAAGUACGUGAGACUUCAUGCAGUUCCUUGUUUUGAUAUUUGGCACAAGAGAAUGAAAUAAAAUGAAAAAUGAAUUUCUUUGCUGGUGUUUAAGGUGCAAUUGUGCCACACACCUUUCCAAAAUUAACUAGGUUCAUUUUGAUGAAUUGUGGCAAAUUAAAGAGAGGAAAGAGAAAUUAACCUGUCUGGGUGACAUUUUCCCCAUCUAUAAAGUGGAGGUGAUCAUAGUGUCUCCUCAUAAGUUGUAUGAAGGUUAAUAUUUUUAUAUGAAAAAAAAGGCUUAAAUAUAAAAUUAAGAAUGUAGAUGUUCCUCCAUAAAAUCUGCCAGUCAUGUUAGAAGUAUUUUGGGGAUUUUGUCUAUCGUUUUACAUGGUUUUUCAAAUUACCAAUUUUAUUUUUAACCAGCUUUUAGUUAACAUUUAAGGAUGAAAAGAGAGCACAAGAGACGACUUGAUGGUGCUUUAACUAUUGCCCUAUGUCUGGUAAAAUGAGAAAAAUGUGUUAAUAAUUUAGUGUAAUCCUAAAUGUUUCAUUGCAGUAUCAAGUUAAAAGCACAUUGAGCUCAGUGUGGGGCAUAGUGUACACCAUUAGCAGGGUGACUGAUAGUAGUAAUGGGGUGCCGUUCUGGAAUGUACAUAUGAGCGCUAGUUUUGGCUUUAUAAAACUCACUGCUGUCAUUUUAAAGUUAACGCAGCUAGGGCAUGUUUAUUUCUUUUCUCCUUUGAGAAUAUUUAAAACAUUUAACAUAUUUAGUUUUGAAAGAUCUGUUUCAUCUACUCUGUAAGGCACCUAAAUUAUUUACUAUAUCUUUAUUAAAAUAAUUGCAAAAAUAAUAUGUUCAAAUUCUAGAACUCAAAGUAUAUAAUUAAAGCACUCAUUACUAGGUAUAUGCCUAUGAAGGCAUAACACAACUGUGUAAAUACGAACUACUUGUAUACCAUAUGCAUGUAGAAUGAUUAAAAUUUUAUUUUUUAAUUAUUUAAAUGUGAUUAGCUUUAGAAUAACUCUUCAUAUUCAUUUAACAUCUAUAAUUUUUAAAAAGAUAAGUUUAAAAGCACUUUCUAUGAAAACAAUGGGAAAGGUUAGAAUUAUGAAGAGUUUGUAUUAGUUGAUAAUUUCCAUUUAUAUCUUCUGUCAUUGUACUUUAUUUUAGGCAGAGUAUAUGAUUCAAAUGUAAAUAUGAGUGUACAGUUUAAAAGAGUCUAGUGACUUUUUUGUAUAAGGAAAAUGGGAGCAGUCUCCAAACCAAAACAUAUUAUCAACUUAGUUUCCUUCAACUGAGCAGGUUUUUCUGAAGAAAGUAAAGGGGUGGAAGAGUUGAUGACUAAGCAAGUGAGGAGAAGUUAUAAAAUUGGGCAGAGGAAUGAUGCAAUAUUGGGAGGAAAGAGAAAAUAGUAAAAAUUUUUGUUUUAUGAAUUGUCAAACUGCUAUGCAUAUGUGACAUUCACUAAUCUGAUGGGUUUUGUGUUAUCCCUACACUUUUAAGUAACAUAAUUUCUGGCAGUAUAUUUAAAGAGGUUAAAAGAUGGACAAUGGUUUGGAAAGAGCAAGUUUCAUAAAAUGGAAAAAGCUUUGUUUUGUACUCACCUGUUUUCAAUAGAGCAAUUUACUGCCUGACCAUACCUUCCUACAUAUGCAGUAGGCAAAACUUUACAUGUUACAAUAAAUAUGUGCCCUUUCUUUGGUACCAGCUGGAUUCGCAGCAUCUCUUACCUCCUAUUCUCCAUGAGUUGUACCAUGUCAUGAUUUGACCAUGACACAAAAUCGCCAUGGCACAUUUCUUUUUCUCCUUUGAAAAUGCUUAAAACAUUAAACAUAUAGUUCUAAGAGAUACUUGUAUAUCCUCCCUUAUAUCCUCAUUUGAUAGUUUCACAUAUCCUCAUG